ACAUGGAAAAACCACAAAAGUAUAACGGAUUCAAAACUUAGAAAGUGACGCCCUCUCUGCUCACGUGUACGAUUAAUUCCCGGGAUUCGCAUCGCAGCCAGCCAUGGCCGAAAUGCGAAAUCUCACACCGAUCUGAUCUCCAGCUCACGACCCGGCCCUUCCCACUCCUCCUCUCUCUCUCACUUAAUUUUCCACUGUAACUCCCUCACUGUCAAUCAUUGCGAUACCUCUCUGCCUUCAUUGCCCAUUUCCUUUUCUUCUUUUAAAUUUUCAAUUCCUAACCCAUCUCUACUUCUUCAACCUCCAUUCUCUUUUUAAACCUUCUCUUGCCUAGGGUUUUUUUUUUUUUUCCCGUGGCAUUUUCCUAAUUUUUUCUCCUUAAUGGUUGCCAAUUCCGGUGGUUUAUCCGCUUACCUUCAUUUCAAGCUCACUCGCCUCCACAUUUCUCCGUUGCAUUCCACUGUUUAUGGAUUGCAGCUCAGCAGGAAGAAGAGGAGGGCCGCUGUCGGCGUCACUCCAAUCACUUGCUGCUGCUCUGACUCUGUGGUUCCGAUUCGGAGCGUCAACAAAAAUGAAGAUAGGUCCUCUCAUAGGCUCCUUGUCCAAGCCACUCCAGCAUUGCCUUUUGCUUCUCAUCAGUCUCGUUUUGUUUCAAAACAAGAAAAGUUUUCUCCUCGUUGUACUGCAAGAAAUUCUGGUCCACAGUCCCGAGACAACCCACCAAAAAGAGACACUGGUAUAGCAAAUGAAAAGGACUGGGGCAUCAACUUGUUGAAUGAAAAUGUUAAUGAAUCAGGCACUAAUGAAGAUGGUAGUAUGUGGUACCGAGAAAGCGGAGAAGACCUGGGUGAAAAUGGGUACAGACGUAGAUGGACAAGAAUGGGCGGACGAUCACAUGAUGAUAUCUCAGAAUGGAAAGAAAUGUGGUGGGAGAAAAGUGACUGGACUGGAUACAAAGAGCUAGGUGUGGAGAAAUCUGGAAGGAAUGCAGAAGGGGAUUCAUGGUGGGAAACGUGGCAAGAGGUGCUCCAUCAAGAUGAAUGGAGUAGUCUAGCAAGGAUAGAGAGGAGUGCACAGAAACAAGCGAAGUCAGGGACUGAAAAUGCUGGAUGGUAUGAGAAAUGGUGGGAGAAGUAUGAUGCUAAAGGCUGGACCGAGAAGGGGGCGCAUAAAUAUGGUAGACUGAAUGAGCAAUCUUGGUGGGAAAAGUGGGGAGAGCAUUACAAUGGAAGAGGAUCUGUUCUCAAAUGGACAGAUAAAUGGGCUGAGACUGACUUGGGAACCAAAUGGGGUGAUAAGUGGGAAGAGAAGUUCUUUGCUGGCAUAGGUUCGCGCCAGGGUGAGACGUGGCAUGUUUCUUCAAUUGGCAACCGUUGGUCAAGGACAUGGGGAGAGGAACAUUUUGGAAAUGGUAAAGUCCACAAAUAUGGAAGGAGCACAACAGGUGAGAGCUGGGAUAUUGUUGUGGACGAUGAAACCUAUUACGAGGCUCAACCUCAUUACGGAUGGGCUGAUGUUGUGGGUGAUUCAACCCAGUUGCUAUCAAUUAAACCUCAGGAGAGACCACCAGGAGCCUACCCUAAUCAAGAUAUUGGUUCAUCUUCGCCAUCUUCAACCGAUGGUGACUCCUCUGACUUGCCUCCCCCGCCACAAUAAUGAAGUGUCUGAUUUUCAUGUUCUAUAUUUUGCUUUAGGUGAUUUAUUAUCUUAUCAAAGUCCAUUCUCAUUUUAAGUUGUCUUACAACAGAAAGCCGCAAAUUACUUUCCAUUUGUUCAUUCUUUGGAUGGUGAAUGCAAUCAUUUUAGGCUGUGGUAAAUAUUGGACAUUACCUCA